AACCGCAGCCUGUCCGCAAUAAGCACGCUUGAAUUACCAUGAUACAACAAUGCAAUAGACAAGCUCUACUUCAAUAUAAAAAAAUUAAGGUUACUGAAUCUUCAAACGCCAAUCGUGUCGAACACUAAAUCAUCAAAACAUGAUCGGCAUUAUAAUCCUACACGGCGAAGCAUCAUAAACAACAUUGGGUGUAUCUAGCAAAUAGUAUCUUGCUAUUUUGAAACUGUUCUUAGAUUCUAAUGCAUUUUUGACUGCUGCAGUCGUAUCUCAGCCCUUGCUGUCUGUCCAACACAUGUCUGACUUGAUCUGAACUUGAAAAUUCUGAAAAGCCAAGUUUCCCACAAUUUUUUGGUUGGUGACUCACAGCCUCUUUCGUUUUUUCCUCUCACUAUGAUAACAGACUUCCCGUCAGAAGUAUCCUUCGAAGGACCAGUAGCAACUUACAGAACACCUAGCCUCGAUGAUGCAGAGGAGAUCCGUGAUAUCCUUUCCGAUAAGGAUAAUAUGCAAUACUUGAAAUUUAUGACCAAACCCGGCGGAUGGACACUGGAGCAAGUACAAGAACGCUUGACGAAGCAAUUACAAGGACAAAAGGAGAAUCGAACACUGGUUUUACAUAUCAUUUACAAAGGAAAGGUCGUGGGUAUGACCGGAUUUACGGUGAUUGAUACCAUCCAUAGAAACGCGGAAGUAGGCAUCAUUUUGGAUAAGGCUUGCUGGGGAAAACGUCUGGCCACCGAAGCAUUUUACUUUUCUCUCAAAUGGGCAUUCGAUGAACUUGGUUUGCAUAGAGUUAAAUGGGUCACUACAAACAUCAACCAAGGUAUGCGUGGUUGGCUAGAAAAGGUUUGUGGCCUGACAGUGGAGCAAAUCAGUCGAGAGUCGUUGCUUGUUGACGAUCAGUGGUUGAAUGAAUACACUUAUGUUUUGUUUGAAGACGACUGGCGCACAAGGGUAAAACCACAUUUAGAAUCCAAAAUAUACAAGUCAUAGAAUAGAAUGCGAAUAAUUAAAUAUAUUGAUAUAAUUGAAUGCUAUUUGUUCUGAUGUAGUUUGUAUUUGAUUGAAUGAAUGAAUGAAUG